AUAUUUUAUGAAGAUGUAUUCAUAGAGUGAGCAAAUACGUGCAACUUCUUACUUUCCUAGUUACUCCGGCGGAGAGGAGACUUGAGAGGAAAAGCGGCAGCCGAUAGAGCCCACGGCGGAGGUUAGAGGAUAGCAGUCAUUCUACCUGGGUAACUCUUCCCUUAAAACUAUGGAUUUGUGUAUGCUCUUACUUGCAGAUAUUGAAAAAAAUCACAUGUAAAGACGAUGAAGCUGUAGCAUUAACUUGUGCUUACAAAGCGACGGGAUAAGAAUAAGAUACCUAACGAAAUGAGUCUCUUUGCUUCCUCAACACUUACCAUCUGUGCACCACCACAUGACCACAACGACAACCACUUCACUCAUCCUCCUCGCAUCCUUCCAAUCCCCACAAAACAGCACGCUAUAUUCCGCCAUACAACUGCUGAUGACUCCAGUUUCGGUGAACUUAACGUCUCUUCAUGGACCUCAUCCAUUGCUCGUUACUGCCGAACCGGUCGUUUAGAUCGUGCUGCUGCGGAGUUCACUCGUAUGAGAGUUGCCGGAGUCGAACCUAAUCACAUUACCUUCGUGACUCUUCUCUCCAGCUGUGCUGAUUUCCCUUUGCAUGCUCUUUCUUUUGGAUCUUCAAUUCAUGCUCUCGUCUGUAAAUUCGGGUAUGAUAAAGAUAACGUCAAGGUGGGUACGGCUAUCAUUGAUAUGUACUGUAAAUGCAAUCGGGUAGACAUUGCUUGCUUGUGCUUUGAGAAGAUGGAUUUCAAGAAUAAAGUCACCUGGAAUACUCUGGUAGGUGGAUUGAUGAGAAAUGGAGAAAUUACUAGAGCAGUCCAGGUGUUCGAUGAAAUGCCUGAGAGAGAUGUAAUUUCAUAUACAGCGUUAAUUGAUGGGUUUGUAAAGAAAGGUCAUUACGAACAUGCAUUGGAGUGGUUUCAAGAAAUGCUGGCUUCUGGAAUUCAACCUGAUCAUGUCACCAUUGUUUCUGCACUCUCUGCUUCUGCAAAUUUAGGAGCACUUGGAUUAGGCUUAUGGCUUCAUCGACUUGUACUAAAAGGUAAACUAAACAACAACAUCCGUAUAAAUAAUUCAUUAAUAGACAUGUACUCAAGAUGUGGUUGCACCGAAUUUGCUCUUCAAGUAUUUCACACCAUGUCUAAACACAAUCUAGUCUCAUGGAACUCCCUCAUUGUGGGAUUCGCUCUUAAUGGGAAUCCAGAAAACACUCUCAAGUAUUUUUACCAGAUGCAGAAAGAUGGUUUCAAGCCAGAUGAAGUGACCUUCACUGGAGCUCUUACUGCAUGUAGCCAUGGUGGCUUAAUCGAUGAAAGUUUGAAACUUUUUGACAUGAUGACACAAGACUAUAAAAUAACACCAAGAAUCGAGCAUUAUGGAUGUUUAGUAGAUCUUUAUAGUCGCGCACGUAUGUUAAAACAAGCCCUAAAUGUUAUACAGAAUAUGCCCAUGAAACCAAAUGAAGUUAUAUUAGGAUCAGUUCUUGCAGCAUGUAGAGUGGCUGAAGAUGUGGAAUUGGCUGAAAAGUUGAUGAGGUUUAUAAGUGAAGUAAACCCUGGUGGGGAUUCGAAUUAUGUUCUUCUUUCGAAUAUAUAUGCUGCUGGAAAAGAUUGGCAUAAGGCAAGCAGCGUGAGGAAGAGAAUGAAGAAUAAAGGUAUUGAGAAGAAUCCAGGUGUGAGUUCAAUUGAAAUUGAUGGUAAAGUUGUUAAAUUUGUAGCUGGGGAUAAAUCUCAUGAUAAAUCUGAGUGUGUUUAUAAAAUGUUACAAAAUCUUUCUUGUGAGUUGAUGAUCUCUGGGUAUGUUCCAGAAGUUAAUAUGAGGGAACAUUAACAAUACUAGUGAACAAGAACACUUGAUAAUGAAACUGGCAAAUGAAAUAGUGACAUGUGUAAUAUUUAAUGUUUAUUUAAUGAUAUAUUAAUAUAUUAAUAUGA